UGCAAUCAUUAGCGUAAGGUGUAUUUCGAGUUGUUCCGUGUUCGUGGGUAACUACUAUUACUAAGUGCGAUUGUUGUGUUGGUAGUUUGCGAAAUCUCCCAGAACAAACAAACUAAUCCUACUUUUACGUGUGUUGCCAGUUCAGGUUUAGAACUUUAACCGUAUCUAUUUAGAAUGCAGUGUUUUUACUUUACUAUAUUGAUUGUAUUUAAUUGUCUGUUUGCUCUAGUGGAAUUCAACGAACUUCUAUGUGUGCUGUAGUAAAGAGGGAAACUGAAAAGUUUAUUUUAAAAGUAACAAUUUAUGGUAGAUAUGACUCCUUUGAUACGAAACGAAAUGGGGAGGCCUACUUUAUCUGAUAUGGAAUCUACAAAUGAAAAUAAUAGUAAUACCACCACCAAUAAGAUGAAGUGUGUAUUGGUAGGUGACGGAGCGGUAGGGAAAACGAGCCUUAUAGUAAGUUAUACCACGAAUGGCUAUCCAACAGAAUACGUCCCCACAGCGUUUGACAAUUAUUCUGUGGUAGUGACAGUCGACAACCAACCAAUCAGAUUGCAACUAUGUGACACAGCUGGUCAGGAUGAUUUCGACUCUCUCCGGCCACUCUGCUACCCCAACACAAAUGUGUUCUUAUUGUGUUUUAGCGUAGUCUGUCCAACUUCCUUCCACAACAUCAAAGAAAAAUGGCUCCCCGAAAUCCGUAAACACUGUCCAACCGCUCCCGUCCUCCUGGUAGGAACACAAUGUGAUCUAAGAACAGACGUAAAGGUGUUGAUCGAACUCGCCAAAUACGACGAACAACCAGUGACCGAACAGGAAGCUCGUCAACUUUCCCAACGAAUGACGUCAGUUGGGUAUAUCGAGUGUUCUGCCUUAACUCAGAAAAACCUCAAAGAAGUGUUUGACACAGCGAUCCUGACAGCGCUUCAAAACACAGACCGGAUUAUGGGACUAGAAGUUGGCCAAAGUCCAAAGGCAAGUCAGUUUUUCCGAAACCCGUGUUCCCAAACCCUUCAAGUGUUUCAUGGCAAACCAGGGCCAUGCUUAGCGUUAAAUCCAAGAAUGAGAAAAAAAGAGGGUGGAAAAAGUUUUGUUGCUUUUCUUAAGCGAAAUACGCCACAAAUGGAUAACUCGUCCUAUAAAAUGUAUGCGUUAUCUAUCAUAUAAAACAAAGUGUGAAGGAUUUUAGUUAAAACGUGAUGACUAGAGUACAGUUUGUGGUGCAUCAUUUUGUGAUAAAUCAGGCUGUGGUUGUUUUCGUCACCACUCCUUUACAACUACUUUUUGCUGUUUCUGUCCAUUUUGAAUUCAAAGCACAUUGUUGCAUUAAGUUCCACAAAUAGUUUCUGAACUACAUCAUUCAGUUUCUCAAGUUCGACCUCUCUUUCGAGAGUUUUCGUAUGAGUUUAUGUAAGCUUUAAGAAAUAUCUAUUUAUUAACUAAGCCGCAGUUUUAUUGGCCUAAACGAAAUAGAAAAUCGUUUAGUAGCACUUCGUCAGUAUGAGAUGUUCUGAACUGUAUCUCGUACAUCACAUUUCACCUAUAGAAGAGACUUAUCGUGUCGAUAAUUAGCGAAACCAUACAACGGUAAAACAACCUGAAUAUAGGUCAGAUGAAAACUGUUAAUCCAUAUAAAAGACAUAAUUUCACCAUUAAGUGUUUCAAAGCCCUUAAUGAAAAACAAAAGUAGCAUUAUAUAUAAAACAUUUGACGUUUAGACAAGCUUGCACACGUGGUGCCUUGCCUCUGAAUGUUGUGUUUGUUGUUAAUAUUACUAACAAAUUCAAAUUAACCAAGCGAAGUGCUGUGCUACGUUUAUAAAAAUAAGCCAGAUGGAAAGUGAAAAUACUGUUUGCUCUUUUGACUAACCGAAGACUAAUCGUGUAAUUAAUAUUGUGUUUGUUUUUAAUGUUACUAACAAAAUCAAAUAAGCCAAACGAAGUGCUGUGCUACAUUUAUAAAGAUAAGCCAAAUGGAAAGUGAGAAUACUGUCUGAUCUUUUGACUUACUGAAAACUAAUCGUGUAAUUAAUGUUGUAUUUGCAAAGAAAAUGAAAUGUGACAAAUAUUAUUUAGUAGAUAUGGCAGUUUGUUGGUUUUUGAACUAAGGAGGAGUCAUGUUACUGUAGCUGUGGAAUAAACUUUAAAUAAAUAGGAGGAAAUUGACCAGUUGUUUGGAAAAAGAAAAGAAAAAAAAGAUGGAAGCCAAGUUGAAAAUUGCCAACGUGGUUCGAGGACAUAUUGAGAAAAAUGUGAAAACCUGGAGAAACCUCUGGAAAAUGUAUUUGUAUAUGUACUCUCUAUAACAAUUUUAUUGUGAUAUGCAAUAAUAAUUUAUAUGACAAUAAUAUUGAUAUAUACUAAUAAUAAAUUGUUAUAACGUUGGUUUAACAUUCGAACUGUAUUAAAUUGGUAUUCAUCCAUAAUAUUAUGCUUAAAAACUGUAUUAUCCCCUCUUUAAAACAUUUCUCAGUACAUGUUUUGACAGGUAAAAUUUAUUACGGUUACUCGAAUUCUAUGUGAAGCUGAAUGAAUUUAACCUUUGGACUUUUCGGAAUCUGGAGAUUGCAUAAUGUGACGGUUAAUCUUGGCAAUCUGCCAUUAAAACUUGGAAAAAUAUUUGUAUAAAACUAUUUUUAUACUGGAAGUUGCUAAACACACAAAAAAUUACUUUUUUUCAGAAAUGAAUGAUAAUUUUGAAGUGAUUAGACCACCAUGUGGUAACUUUUAAUAGGAGUUUCAUGAUACGGGCUGAUAUACGUGCAUUGUUUUUGUAAACAGUUGCAUGACUUUGUAUUCGUUACCUAAAAUAUCCUCUCACAAUGCUUACAGCCGAUUCCUUUGUAUGUUUGUUAAUUUCUCUCUCUCUUGAUUUUCGCCGUUAUCAAAUCAUUUAUACUUUUGUGCAAGACCAGCCAAGAAUUAUUCUUACAUAUCAAUUUGUGUAUAUUGUUUCUUCAACAUUUUCGGCGUUUACUAUUCGGUUGUUGUACAUAAAGAUGUUCUUAUAAAGCAAAGUGGUAUAUGAGUAAUAAAGACGGCGGGGUUCAUAGAAACUAUACGAAAUAAUGUCUUAUAAUGUUGCUAGGACAACGUGCUUGCUGUUUAUAUUUCGUCUGCUUGAUUUAUCAAUUCUUGCACUUGAUCAGAGAUUACAUAUCAUUUACCGAACUUUGAUGAUAGCUUGAUUUAUUUACAAGUCUGACAUGUGAGACCUGUUAACCCUUAACUACAUAGGCAGUGUUGUUGUUUUUUCUUCUUUAAACUAUAAGUACAAGGGUGGGGUCUGUAAGACCUCAUGUUGAAUUAUUUGACCUUCCUAAAUAUUUAACACACACACACAAUUAUAAUUUUCUCACCAAAUAUUUUUAGUAUGUAUUAAAUGAUCUAUUUUUACAUUGUUUCUUUAUAUUACAGAAUUAAAGCCAGUUUUCAUUGAAUAUUCCAAACUUUUUUUUACACUCAUGACAGCUGUUGUUCGUUUUGGUGUAAGGUGAUCUCCGUGUUCUUGAGCAGCUGCAGAUGACGUCUCACUAUAAACUUCCACUAAAUUACGAAAUUAAUUAAGCACGUAAAUACUAGGAGAACGACACAAAUACUAAAAUACUGUUUUUGAGAGUUGUUUAUUUAUAAAAGUAUAUUAUUGUAGUUAGAAACUUCAUCUAAAGCGUGGGGAUACGAAAAACGCAAUAUAAUUUAAAAUAUGAAAUAUUAUUAAUGAAAUAAAAUUACUUUGCAUCAAAUUGUAAGGUGUUGUUCUGUGUGUAUGUUUUUCUAAUAACAAUUUAUAGUUGUGUUUAAAGAUUCAAGAAAACUUCUUUCGUGCAUAAGAUAGUUUAAAGUUCAAGAUUUAAAUCUUCUUUUUGUUUGUUUUUCUACUGAUAAGCUCCUUGUACAGUUUGCGGAUAGAAUUGAGAACAUGUGUUUCGAAUAUCUAGUUGUGAUAUUUAUGGUUUUAUGUUUAUUAAUAUUCAACAUCUGGAUAACGUUUGUCUUUGUUUAAACGCUCAUGCUAGCUUCGUUAAAUCUAUUUACAACUAGACGCUAUUGUUCUAACACCAAAUGGACUUCAUAACAUCUGAGAAUUGGUUCAUGAAGAUUAUAACGCCCGGAAAUAAGCCGACGCAAUUUUUGGACAAGAGUGUGAUUCUUUGUAAAUGUUUUAUAAGGUGUGUGUGUGUAUAUAAGAGAUCAUUUAGAAAAAAAGAGAGAUAAUUCGGGUAUUCAAAGGUUGGCAAAUUCCUUUCAAGUCUUUCUACAUCAAGUGUACUCUAUGAAACAUCAUAUUCACAUACGUUAUUGAAUAUAUAUAUGUGUGUAGCAAUGAAAAGCAAAUGUCUUCAGAUUCAAAAAUUAAAUAUUUAUAGCCUAUUAUAUAUUAACAUACAGUAUAUUGUUACACCUAAAAGUUCCCCAAAAUCUUACGUCUCUUUAUUAUUGUAUGCCACUUUAUUUCUUUUUUUAAAGGUGAGCAGUAAGAAUUUCCUGUUCAUUUUUAAUGCCCACUGAAGUAAAAGAGAUCGUUAAAGUUUUAAGUUCUUGCAUAAUUAAAUACAUAAGUAUGUAGGUGGGAUUAUUUUUCUUUCCCGUUUAUUGUCCAAAUUAAGUGUUUACAACUUGAUGAGCUGUGUUCACCGGUGUUUUCAAAUCUCUCCAAUUUUUCUAACUUGAGCAAAUCACUCAGAUAUCUUAAAGUGCGGAAUUUGUAACCAAGACUAUCGUUGUCAGAUUUAUUAUUUACAAAUUUUGUUCAGUUGUUUGUAAGCUAAAUAAUAUGUAAGGGUUUUGAAAGUUUUGUCCGACUGUUUAGAAACCAAAAGUUAUUUGAAAUGCUCUCAAAAUCUUUUCGUCUGUUCACAAUUAAAGUUUAAAAAACAUUUAUGAUGUGCAUAAGAUGACGAUCAGAGGACAGUAAAAAAAAUGUAUGUUGUUGUAAAUAUUAGAAACGAAUGUUGUUUACAUGCACGUGCUUGUUUUUUUUUUUUUACCUCAACCCACAACUCAACCACUGGCACACUUGAUCUGCUGUCUGAACUGUAGAAUUGCGUGAUUUAAUCACUGGUACAGCUGAUUUGCUGUCUGAACUGUAGAAUUGCGUGAUUUAAUCACUGGUACAGCUGAUUUGCUGUCUGAACUGUAGAAUUGCGUGAUUCAACCACUGGUACCCUUGAUCUGCUGUCUGAACUGUAGAAAUGCGUGAUUUAGUCACUGAUACAACUGAUCUGCUAUCUGAACUGUAAAACUGCAUGAUUAAAAUAAGAAAAGUGAACUUAAUUACCGCGUGUGUUAGAUGGUAGACUGUACAGACUGUGACUAAAUAUGUCUGUAUUAUCGUGGACAAACACGUUCUGGCCGUGACAGAAAGAUACAUGUUUAACACAUGCAUAGGAGUGUCAAUUGUGGAAUAUUUUAUACGAUAAUAUAUGCAUGAUAUUUCUAGGUAAAUAACUGGCCAGUUAAAGAUUCAAGUUUUUUCCAUAUUUAAAUUGUUUGCCUUUAAUUUGUACAACACAAUUUAUUGACUUGCUGUAUAUAUAUAUAUAUAUAUGUGUGUGUGUGUAGUACUGUAUGGUGUCACAAUAACUUUGACGAUCUUUGGCGUACUUUGCUCAAAACCAGAGGAUUUACUUUUGUACAUCCAAUAAAAUGUUUUAAAAUCAGUC